AUGGCGCGCAGUAUUGCUGACCUUCAACAAGUAAGCAAAGUGCUUGGGCUUCGAGAUGAUGAGCCACCUCGGCAAAUACCAUUGAAUGAGGCAACGUUUGCUUUCGUGAAGUCGUCGAUAUGGCCAAGUGCCGGGCCCGGCACUGUUGCGGCUCUGCAACGAGCCGCCAAGAUUCUCAUAAACGCCGGCGCGCAUGUUGUUGAAGUCACGUUACCUUCUGAGUUCGACGAUAUACUCUCUUUGCAGAACGAGAUACUGGAGGCCGAAAUUGGUGUAGCUUUCCACAGAGAAUAUAGCACCUCGCGGGACCAGAUCGGUGACUAUCUCGCAAGUAUUGCACAGACUGCUCACACGGGGUCGAAGAAAGCAUACGUGAGAGCUCUGGACAAGGUUGCGGCGCUGAGACCAAAGAUGGACGAGAUCGCUGACCGGUACACGGCGAUUGUCACACCCAGUGCCAUAGACGUGGCACCUAAAGGGACGGGAACCGGUAGCUCAGACUUCAACGCCAUGUGGACGGCCCUUCAUAUGCCCGUCAUUAAUGUUCCUGGAUUUAAGGGUGAGGAUGACAUGCCUGUGGGGCUAUCUCUUGUCACAUCGAGGUUUUGUGACGAGCAUCUACUCCAAGUUGCGCGGCAAGUAGGUGGUCUCUUCGCCGCCAAGGGAGGAGAUAUCUGA